GUCGAAAAGAGAGAAUGAACGUGAUAAUAAGUUGAAACUUAAAAGAAGAUAAACAUGCGUGAAUUACCGAGAGUAACUCGGUCUUUGCGAGCCUUCACAGACUUGGGACGAUCAAGGAAAUGUUUACGUCAGGAGCCGAAUGACAUUUUGGCAAAACGGCAGGAACAGACCGAAAUUUUUAAAAGAGGUCCCGGUUGGCACGAUUUUUUAAAUCGUGUACCCGACGAUGUUGCAUCCUUGCUCAAUAAAGUGCAUCAUUUAACGUCAAAAAUAUGUGAUGAUCAAUCAUCAGAAGUUAUAAACGAAAUAACAAUUUUCGCACUUCGAUUAUUGAUUCACGAAAGAGUAGUUAGCCAAAAAAGUUUAAAAAUUUUACGGCAAAUCCUGGGAUCAGUAACGUCUCAAUUUAUUGAUGAAGUAAUGCAGGUGAUAAGCAAAAUUAGAGAGAACUUAUCUCCAGAUGAUAUAGACUAUCUUCUAUGUUCUGAAGAUGGGAAAAUUUCGGAAGAUGAAUCAAAUAUUUUUGGCACGAAAAUUCAGUAUUACGAAGCCAAACCUUCCUGGCCAGAUACUGAAAAACUGCACGAUAUGUCCAAACAAACUAAUAAUGAACAUCUGGACAAGUUUUCGAUGUCUUUGAAUAAUGAUGUCAUAUCCGUUAAAAAAUCUGAGUUUGAUAAGGCACGCUUUUCUAAGGGGAUGAAAAAGUGUUAUCAAAAAUAUUGUGUUGAAAUGAGCUAUGAUGAGUUUGCGACUAUGAUCACAAACAAAUUGAAGACUUCCGGAUCCUCCCUUCAAAAUGAAUUAUUUGAUUUGCUGGGCUACGAAAAUAUCGACUUUAUUGAAUACAUAAUCGAGCAUCAAAAAACAGUCCUGGCUUAUUACAUGAAUCAAAAAGCACCGAGAAACUUUAAUAAUGAACAACCUCAAUUAGCAUGUCAAGUAAUUGUGCAAUCGGAGAAAGAAAAACAGUUGAUGAAACAGGUGCGAAAGGAGGAAAAGAAAUUGCAAAAGGUAGCCGGUAAAUUUGAUGGACUAAAUGAUGGUGAAGAAGAGGUUUUCGAUCCGAUUGAGCUUCGUCUGAGACGCCAGGAGGCUUUAACAGCUAUGCGUGCACCAAUUUUUCCGCCACCCAAAAAGUACUAUGGAAAUCAGGUUGUUCGUGAAAAAUUUCCAUUUGUUUUCGAUUCAAAGCUGACCUCGAAAUCUUGUGCAGGAUUUGUCUCGGGAGCAAAAAUAAUGCUACCAGAGAAUGUCAAGAGACAGGAUUCUGACUUGUGCGAAGAGGUUCAUAUACCUGUUCCAACUUUAGAACCGCUCAGUGUUGGUAAUGAUCCGGUUUUUGUAUCAUCAUUAGACAAGGUUGGCCAAAUGGCAUUUCAGGGUAUAAAAACACUGAAUCGGAUACAAAGUAUAGUAUUCGAUGCUGCUUACCACACGAACGAAAAUUUGCUCAUUUGUGCGCCAACUGGAGCUGGAAAGACAAAUAUUGCUAUGCUCGCAGUCGUGCAUCAGCUAAAGUUACAUAUUGAAAAUGGAGUUUUACAGAAAAACUCAUUCAAAAUUAUAUACAUCGCUCCCAUGAAAGCCUUGGCUGCAGAAAUGACGGCGAAUUUCAGAAAGAGACUGGAAUGCUUAGGUGUAUCGGUAAAGGAAUUGACUGGUGAUAUGCAACUGACAAAGAGUGAAAUAAUGCAAACACAAAUGAUUGUAACAACUCCUGAAAAGUGGGAUGUUGUGUCAAGAAAAGGUACCGGAGACAUUGCCCUCACGAGUAUCGUAAAAUUGCUGAUUAUUGAUGAAGUUCAUUUGCUGCACGGGGAUCGUGGGCCUGUUGUGGAGGCCGUUGUUGCUAGAACUUUGAGACAGGUCGAGUCUUCGCAAAGUAUGAUUAGAAUCGUAGGUCUCUCGGCUACCUUGCCCAACUACGUGGACGUCGCACGAUUCUUGAGAGUAAAUCCCUACAAAGGUUUAUUCUAUUUUGAUUAUCGAUUUCGACCAGUGCCUCUGAGUCAAACUUUCUUUGGCGUCAAAGCCAUGAAACCGCUUCAACAAAUGGCAGAUAUGGACACUGUCUGCUACAACGAAGUUGUAAAUAUGGUCGGAAAGGGUCAUCAGGUGAUGGUGUUUGUUCACGCCCGAAACGCGACAAUUCGUACAGCAAAUGUCUUGAAGGAAAUGGCCCUGCAAAAUGGGACUCACACAUUAUUUUCUCCAGAAGGCAGCAGAUCUAAAUUGAAUCAAAGAACUUUUGGAAAAGCUCACAACAAGCAUCUUGAAGAACUUUUUUCGUACGGAUUUUCAGUUCAUCAUGCCGGCAUGUUACGCAGCGACAGAAAUUUGGUUGAGAGACUUUUUUCUGAGGGAGCAAUCAAAGUGUUGGUUUGCACUUCUACGUUAGCCUGGGGUGUAAAUUUACCAGCCCAUGCAGUUAUUAUCCGCGGUACGGAGAUAUACGAUUCGAAACAUGGAACAUUUGUGGAUUUGGGAAUCCUUGAUGUCCUGCAAAUUUUCGGCCGAGCUGGAAGACCACAAUUCGAUACAUCUGGUCAUGCAACAAUUAUAACUUCUUACAAUAAAUUGUCCCAUUAUCUCUCUUUGCUGACUAAUCAAUUCCCGAUUGAGAGCAGUUUCAUCAGCCAUUUAGCGGACAAUCUAAAUGCCGAGAUUUCUUUGGGAACAAUUUCCAACGUAGAAGAAGCUGUUGAAUGGUUAAGUUACACGUACCUUUUUGUACGAAUGAGACUCAAUUACCAUGAAUAUGGAAUUGAGCGACGAACAAUUGAGGAGGAUCCAAAUUUGGAAUGCAAGCGAAAGGAACUUAUCGAUUCAUCGGCGAAAGCGCUCGAUAAAGCCAAAAUGAUUCGUUACAAUGCGCGCACUGGAGAUCUCAGUGCCACCGAUUUAGGCCGUACAUCAAGUCACUUUUAUCUCAAGUAUUACACAGUCGAAAUGUUUAACGAACUGAUGAAACCCGUGAUGACCGAAGCCGAUAUUCUGGGAAUGAUUUCUCGCUCUCAUGAAUUUGAGCAAUUAAAGGUGAGAGACGAUGAAAUGGAUGAAUUGGAUGAACUGCAUAUGAAUUAUUGCGAGGUGAUUGCUCAAGGAGGAGUCGAAAAUAUUCAUGGAAAAGUGAACGUUCUCAUCCAAACUUAUUUAUCAAGGGGACGAAUAAAGUCGUUUUCACUAAUCUCUGAUCAAGCUUAUAUAACUCAGAAUGCUGUUCGAAUUUGCAGAGCUUUAUUUGAAAUUGUCCUGCGAAUGACCAAUGCAAUAAUGUCUGGUCGUCUUCUUGAAAUGGCUAAAAUGCUGGAAUUACAACAGUGGGAUCACAUGAGUCCUCUGCGUCAAUUUUACUGCUUACCAGCAGAAGUCAUUGAAAAACUGGAAGAGCGAAAUCUCACCGUCGAGAGAUUAAAAGACAUGGAUGUUGGAGAAAUUGGUAAUAUUUUGCGUAAUCACAAAGUAGCGGCACUGCUGAAGAAAUGUUGCGAAGAAUUUCCAGAAGUGGAAAUCGAGGCGAAUUUGCAACCUAUCACGCGAACAGUUUUAAGAAUCCGUUUGAAAGUCGCUCCACGAUUUCGCUGGAAUGACCGAGUUCAUGGAAAAACGUCCGAAGCUUUUUGGUUGUGGAUUGAGGAUCCGGAUAAUAAUGUGAUUUAUCAUUACGAAUAUUUUAUCGUGACUAGGAAGAGUGUUUACAGUAAUACAGAGCAGGAAUUAGUGAUGACUAUCCCACUAUCGGAACCACUUCCGUCUCAGUAUUUGGUUAAAAUAACAAGCGACCGCUGGCUCGGCUGCGAAGCGGUUCAUCCUUUGUCAUUCAAAGAUCUCAUUCUCCCCGAUAUUCAUCCACCUCAUACCGAUCUUCUCUGUUUGCAACCACUGCCUGUCUCAGCAUUAAAGGAUUCGCGAUUUGAGAAAUUGUACAAAUUUUCCCACUUCAAUCCGAUACAGACUCAAAUUUUUCAUUGUCUCUAUCAUACCGAUAACAAUGUUCUCCUUGGAGCUCCGACAGGGUCUGGAAAAACAAUUGCCGCGGAGAUCGCUAUGUUUCGAGUGUUUAAACAAUUUCCGGAUCAAAAGGUGGUGUAUAUAGCGCCGUUGAAAGCUUUAGUCAGGGAACGAAUCAAAGACUGGAAAGUGAGAUUGGAGCAACAAUUGGGAAAAACCGUUGUUGAAUUAACCGGCGAUGUAUCGCCUGAUAUCAGACAAAUUUCAAAUGCAAGCGUGAUUGUAACGACGCCGGAAAAAUGGGACGGUAUUAGCAGAAGCUGGCAAACGAGAAAUUAUGUGCGUAAAGUCGGUCUGAUCAUCAUUGAUGAGAUUCAUCUUUUGGGCGAGGAUAGAGGCCCAGUGCUUGAAGUGAUUGUCUCUCGAACAAAUUUCAUCGCAUCUCACACAUCGAGAACUUUGAGAAUUGUCGGCCUCUCGACGGCCCUGGCGAAUGCAGUCGAUUUGGCCGAUUGGCUCGGCAUUAACAAGAUGGGUCUCUACAAUUUCCGACCGUCCGUAAGACCCGUACCAUUGGAAGUUCACAUAAGCGGCUUCCCCGGGAAACACUACUGUCCCCGAAUGGCAACCAUGAAUCGACCAACCUUCCAAGCAAUCAGGCAACACGCCCCUUGCAGUCCCUCUCUAGUUUUCGUCUCAUCUCGCCGACAAACGAGACUAACAGCCCUGGAUUUGAUCGCCUAUCUCGCCGCGGAGGACAAUCCAAAGCAGUGGCUUCACAUGCCCGACGACGAGAUGGACACAAUUCUGAAUAAUGUGAAAGACGCCAAUUUGAAGUUGACACUUGCUUUUGGCAUUGGACUUCAUCAUGCCGGUCUCCAGGAUCGCGACCGGCGAACCUGCGAGGAACUGUUUGUCAAUAAUAAAAUUCAAGUUUUGAUAGCCACCGCGACUUUGGCAUGGGGUGUGAAUUUCCCGGCGCAUUUAGUCGUCGUGAAGGGAACGGAAUUUUACGAUGGAAAAGUUAAACGAUAUGUGGACAUGCCAAUCACUGAUGUUUUACAGAUGAUGGGCCGAGCUGGUAGGCCCCAGUUUGACGAUUCGGGCGUGGCGGUUGUCCUUGUUCACGAUAUCAAGAAAAACUUUUACAAAAAGUUCCUCUACGAUCCGUUUCCGGUUGAAAGUAGCUUGCUCGAAGUCCUGCCGGAUCAUGUGAAUGCGGAAAUAGUUGCCGGCACGAUCAAGAAUAAACAGGAAUUUUUGGACUAUCUCACGUGGACCUACUUUUUCCGAAGACUGAUGAAAAAUCCGAGGUAUUAUGAUUUGGAUGCUUUGGAGACGGAAAAUAUUAAUCGGUAUCUCUCGCGACUGGUCGAGGGCACUUUGAAAGUCCUCACUGAUUCGCAUUGUACACUUUUUGACGAGGAAGAACAAGUCUUAGUCCCUCUUCCGAUGGGCAGAAUAGCUUCAUUUUACUAUUUGUCACAUCAAACGACUUUGAUGUUCAAAGAAGCGUUAAAAGACAAUCUGUCUGUUGAGCAGUAUCUAAGAAUUAUGUGUAAUGCCCACGAGUACGAUCAAUUUCCCGUAAGGCACAACGAAGAUCUACUGAAUGAGGAACUAGCAAAAUUGUGUCGAUAUCAAGUUGAUCGGCUUACCUACGAUUCUCCAAACACAAAAGCCUUUCUGCUCAUGCAAGUACACUUUUCAAGACUGCCGGUACCUUGUGCGGAUUACACUACUGAUCUCAAAUCUGUACUGGAUCAGUCAAUUAGAAUUCUGCAGGCAAUGAUAGAUAGAUAUUUAUUUAUUUUUCAAAUUUCUCUACUUAUCUAG